AUCGAAACUAGCUUUAGUCAUUUUGGACCUUAAAAUACCAAGUAUGUCUGACCCCUGGCAACACGAGGAAUCGUUCGCCGUCACGAACGCGCAUAUGCUGAGUGAUGACGUAUUCUGUGAUGUCACUAUCCUGGCGGGGAAGGAACAAAUUGAAGUAAGAUGUCACCGGUGUAUCCUAGCCAGCCGCUCACCUGUUUUCUACACGAUGUUUUGUGGCUCACUUCCGGAAGCCGGAGAGGUGAAAAUACCGGAUGUAGAGGUAGACGUCCUUAGAACAGUCGUCAGGUUUAUGUACACGGGGGAAAUACAGUUAAUGCCUGGAUCCGUCAUGGCCGUGAUGUACGCUGCAAAGAAAUACGACAUCCGACCAUUGAUAAACCGCUGCAACAAAUUUCUUGAAGAAAGAAUUGCAAUCGACGAUGUCUGCGUCAUUCUUGACCAAGCUUUGAUAUUUGGGGUAAAGGAUUUGAUUCAACCGUGCCUGUCGUUUGUAUCGAAAAACACUGACCAAGUAUUACAGAGUGAUGGAUUUUUGAGCAUGUCUUCGGAAGCUUUGAAGUUGAUUCUUGAGAAGGAAAAAGAUUCACUUUACACACCAGCAGAAAUAGUGUAUGCAUCUUGUAAGAGAUGGGCGAAGCAAGCGUGCUCUUCGUCAGGGACUGAGGUUACUGACCAAGUCCUAAGGCAUAAACUUGGGGAUAUGGUUUGUCUUGUUGAUUUUGCGGGAAUGUCGUUUGACUCGUUUUCUGCCAACGUAGUGCAAGAAACGAUUUUAUCUACCAAGGAAAAGGUCAGGUUUAUAACAGAAAUAAUACAUCGACAAACCCAUUCGUUGUUGAGAGAUUUUCUGAGGUUCAACAAGGAUGGACUCACAAGGGUUUGCAAGAUGGUAUAAGUUUCAAAACUUUAAAACAUGUUACUCUAUCUGGAGUAGUUUUGUAUUUACCGCAUCAAAGUGGAAGUUUGAGUGGGAAUUUGCAAAUCCUGGAAGAGCAGACAGUCGUAUUGACCCAAGACGUCACCCUAUCCUACAAAGAAAACGAAAAGCAUGAGAACAUUCCCCUUGUUAAUAGAGUUAACAUUCAUCCGAGAGUGACAUAUUCUGUUCGCCAGAGGCUAAAAGGGCAAAACACAUAUGAAGGUGAUAAAUAUAAAGGUAACCAGAUAAUUAAUGGUAUAGAAAUAGAAUUCAUGGAAUUGAAUUCUGGUAAUUCAGGUAAUGGCACAUCUUUAAGUAAGGGCCAGGUACAUGGUCUAACGUUUGAAGUUAAGUGUGGCAAUGAGUGUGCACGGUGCAAGUAGAUCGCGUAGUAAUUUUUAUUAAGCAGUUAAACCUAAUGACUUUACUGGCGAGAAUCUAAAUAAUUACUGACAAUUUAAUCUUAGAUGAUAAAAAACACGUUAAACACUACAAUUCAUUAAUGUUAUUAUUUAAAAAAAUACGAACUACUUCUCCUAAUGUACCGGCAUACAUCCGUGGUUGAUUUCGUUGGAAAAUGGCCGAGGAGUUCCGAAUGGGACAUCUGUUGAAAAUUAGAGACAGCAAAUCAAAUGCAUUUCCGGUGAACACUGGUUGGUCCUUCUUCGUCAUAUUGAGCCUUGGUGACCCACUGUUGUGCAAAUGUCGAUUAUGAGGUAUAUAAUGAAAUAUUUCAUAUGGAACUACUCAAAUUUUAAAUUAUCACUGAACUUAAGAAAAAACAGAAAUGGAGGGGGCUGAUAAGCCUAGCCGCUUUAUUCUCGGUAUUCAGGGGAAUCAACAGCUACUUAAGGAAUAGAAGAAAUGUGUUUGGAACCAAUUCAGCAAAGUUGCGUGAAAAACUCAUCAACAUCGGAUCUGAUUUAACACUGGACAGAGCAAUACAAACUGCCCAAAACCUCGAGUAUUCGCAGGAACAGCUACGCUCAAUGAAUAAGGACGUGGACGUCUGUCGAUCAAAACCGUUUGGACACAAGCCGAUUACACAGCGCCGUCAGCAACAACGCCGACCAGUGACUUCAUCUUCAAGACCGGGACAAGGACCACCGAGACAAGGACGCUCGUGCAUGAACUGUGCAACUUCACAUACAUUCGGAGCGUGCCCGGCAAAAGGGAAACCGUGUCAUAACUAUAACAAAUACAAUCAUUUCGCGAAGUGUUGCCGGCAUGGAAAGAACAAUGUGAAUAGUGUUGACGAUAAUUAUGAGGAGAUAAUCUGUGGUAUUCAAGAAUACAACAUUGACACGGUAAGCACAAUUUGUUCUACCGAUCGUGCACUAGUCUGUCUGUCCCUUGGCCCAACACAAUGUCCUGUAAAUUUCAAAAUUGAUACAGGAAGCGCAGCAAAUAUUCUUCCCCGCAAAGAUUUUCAAGCACUAGGUUUUAAUUCCCCGUUAGAGCCCCCCCCUCUGAACGAUUGACUCCCUAUACAGGUAAUCGUAUUCCAGUUCUAGGAAAAGUUCAGUUGUAUUGUAGAUACAAAGAAAGGUCAAUCAACACAUGGUUUCAUGUAGUAGAUACCCCUGCUGUGCCUCUCUUGAGCCUGAAAUCUUCCAUAGAUCUAGGUUUAAUCGAACUGACAUGUACCAUUGAUAAGCAGUCCUGUGAAAGUACUGGUCAAGUGUUAAACAAACAACAGGUGUUAUCUGAUUAUAAAGACAUUUUCACGGGAAUUGGUGUAAUUCCAGGGUCUUGCAAGCUUGAUUUGAAGCAGGAUGCUAUCCCCGUUGUGAAUCCUGCAAGGAGGGUACCUGAGGCAUUACGUAACCGACUUCAGAAAGAACUGAAUCGAAUGGAGAGCGAUGGCAUAAUCUCCAAGGUUAGCACCCCGACUGAUUGGGUUAACUCCCUUGUAGUAGUAGAAAAACCAAAAACUGGACAAUUGAGAAUAUGUCUAGACCCAAAAGCAUUGAAUGAGGCAAUACGUAGACCGCACUUCCCUAUGCCGACACUUGACGACGUUACAGUACAGUUAGCUGGUUGUCAAUACUUUAGUCUUUUAGACAUAACUCAUGCUUACUGGAUCAUUAGACUGGACGAAGAGUCGUCAUAUUUGACAACGUUUAGCACCCCGUUUGGUAGAUACAGAUUCACCCGUCUUCCUUAUGGUCUCUGUUGUAGUCAAGAUGUAUUUUGUCAAAAAGUAGACGGAAUCUUUGGAGACAUGACAGGUGUCAAGGCAAUUGUUGACGACAUAUUGAUAUAUGGUCGGACAAAAGCAGAGCACGACAAAAAUCUGAAAGCAGUACUAGACCGUGCCCGUGACAAGGGCAUACGAUUCAACGUAGACAAAUGCCGCGUAGGACUGUCAGAGAUACCUUAUUUUGGUCAUAUGGUUACAUCAUCAGGGCUGAAAGCAGACACAGCCAAAAUAAGAGGCAAUUGGGAAAAUCGAAACACCCAAAAAUCGUGCAGAGCUAGAGACAUUUCUUGGUAUGGUGACAUAUCUACAGAAAUUUGCCCCAAACCUCUCUGAAAUUACAAGCCCAAUGAGAGAUUUACUUAAAAAGGACAUAGAGUUCGUUUGGGACCAACCUCAAAUUGACGCAUUCACAAAGGUCAAGCAGGUUAUCACAAAAAGCCCAGUUCUAGCUUAUUUUGAUCCAAAGAAGCCAGUCUAUCUUGAAUGCGACGCUUCUAUGAAUGGAGUAGGUGCAGCCAUUAUGCAAGAUGGUCGACCCAUAGCUUAUGCAUCUAAGACAUUGACGCAAACGGAACGCUAUUAUGCAAACAUUGAGCGUGAAAUGCUAGCUAUUGUGUUUGCAUGUCAGCGUUUUCACCAAUACAUAUAUGGUAGACAUGUAAUUGUACACUCUGACCAUAAGCCCUUGUCUGCAAUCAUGAAAAAACCUUUGCAUGCAGCACCACCGCGUUUGCAGAGGAUGAUGCUAAGUUUGCAAAAGUAUGACCUUGACGUAAGACAUGUGAGCGGAAAAAAAGUUCCCAUCAGUGAUCUCUUGUCACGGAAACCUAUGUCAGAUAGUUCCGAAAUAGAAGGUCUUGACCUACAUGUUCAUACCGUGCUUUCAAGCAUGACAUAUACUGACCGCAGUAUUGAAAAUGUGAAAAAGGAAACAAAGACCGACCUACAAAUGCAGGCAUUGAAACGGACUAUAGUUCAAGGAUGGCCAGAUUCUAGAUCUGAUUGCCCAGAACCAAUCAUAGGGACGAAUUAUCAGUGGCCGAUGACCUAAUUUUCAGAGGUCAAACCUUGAUCAUUCCCAAGUCACUCAGACAGCACAUGAUUGAGCAAGUACAUUUAGGUCAUAUGGGCACUGACAAAAGCCUACAGAGAGCCAAGGACGUGAUGUUUUGGCCAGGCAUGAGCAAACAAAUAAAUGACUUCGUUCUGAACUGUAAAAUUUGUUUGUCACGCAGAAACUCAAAUCAAAAAGAGCCCAUGACAACCCACGACAUCCCAAAAGGACCAUGGCAAGAAGUUGCCACUGAUUUGUUCCAUUUUGAUGGAAAUGAGUACUUACUUGUCGUUGAUUAUUAUAGCAGAUAUUUUGAAAUAGACAAGCUGCCUGACACAAAAUCAUCGACUAUUGUCAGAAAACUCAAAUCACGUUUCAGUACACACGGAAUACCAAUGCAUAUUUUCAGUGACAAUGGACCUCAGUACACAUCGGAGACUUUUAAGACAUUUGUCGAUGCGUGGCACAUUGAACAUGUCACAUCAAGCCCACGACAUUCAAGUUCUAACGGACUUGCAGAACGUACUGUACAGACUGUAAAACGACUGCUAGUAAAGGCCAAAGACAGUGGUCAUGACCCAUAUCUAGCAUUGCUAGAAUACAGGAAUACACCGAUGUCGGAUUGUAAGCAAUCACCUAUGCAAUUGCUUAUGAGCAGAAGAACAAGAUCUGUUUUACCUACAACAAUAUCUCAACUGCUACCUAAAACGGUAAACUCUAAAUCGGUAAGGUCAGCCAUCCAAACAUCCAAAAGAAAGCAAAAAAUAGUAUAUGACAAAAACACAAAACCACUUUCAAUGUUGCAGGUUAAUGACUUAGUACGAUUUCAAGUUGGAAAGAUUUGGAAACCCGCUAAAGUAAUUAGGAUACACAAUGACCACUCUUAUGUAAUCCUAACCCCUGAUGGAAGUAGAUACAGGAGAAAUCGCCGAUUCCUGUUGAAGAGUAAUGAGCGAUUAACAGAGAUAAAUGAUUUCACACCCAAUGUAUUGGCCAGAGAUCAGUCAAGUACUGAUAAUGAAAUCAACCCACAGGUACCCAGCUGUGCAAACUCUCAGCAGUUUAAUUACCCUGCAGAGAUUCCCCAAAACUCCCCUGCCCCUUAUCAGACACGAUCUGGUAGAAUAGUGCAACCAAGUCAAAGAUACAAUCACGAUGAUUGGGUUAAAUGAACUGUAAUCAUUAUAAAUUAAUUAAUGCAUGAAUAUACUGUCAAUAAUAUUUUCUAUGAUAUUACAUAGAUAAGAUUGUGCAAGAUUUAAAAUGACAAAUACAUCGAUUCAUUUAAUAAUUAAUGUGUAACAAUGAUUUCUUUUAUUUACAUGUUUGGAAUAUUAUUAACUAUAAUAUUUACUUUUUCUUUAACAAAACGAGAGAUUUUGCAGAUUCUAGAAACAGACUAUACUUUAUAUCUUAUCUCUUUGCAUGCUGAGUAUUCCUGGUCAGUCUGUUGGUGUACAUUGAUUAGCGUAGUUCAUAAUAAAUAGUUAGAGCACACUUGUGUUUCUUUUUUAUUAAAUCACAUUAGUGAACUUUGAACACACACACUACAACAAGGAAAACAAAACAGAGGAGGCCGAGAAGCCUAGCCUCUUGGUUCUCGGUAUUUAGCGGGUUCAAUGGGUACUUAAGGAAUAGCAGAGAUUGAGGCGGCUGAAAAGUUUAGCUGCUUGGUUGUUGGUAUUCAUGGGCUACUUAUUAUUAAGAAAUAGCACACAUGGAGGAGGCUGAUAAGCCUAACCGCUUCAUUCUCGGUAUUCAGGGGAAUCAACGGCUAUUUAAGGAAUAGCACAAAUGCAGGAGGCUGAUAAGCCUAGCCGCUUGGUUCACGGUAUUCAGGGGUUUCAACGGUACUUAAGGAAUAACAGAAAUGGAGGAGACUGAUAAGCCUAGCCGCUGGAUUCUCGGUAUUCAGGGGGUUCAAUGUCUACUUAGA